UUGCUGUUGUUCCUCUCACCUGCUGCUGAAAGCAAACCAGCAUGGCUGACUGACUGACUGACUGGGAACUCAAAGACUGAAACGAGGCCUGCCUCUCGGCUGGUGUCACUAAGAGUUGAGGCGAAAUGGCUCUCCGCAAAUCCCCCUCCUCUACCUGUGCAGAAUCAUGGACCAAUGGUGCAAGCUUCAUGCGAGUGGCCACAGCCCUCAGCGAGUCCUCCUCCAUCCACAGCGACGCCCUGUAUCAUCUGACCAAGGACAUGUCCGGGAUGGGACUGGACCCCAUGUCCUACAGCAUCCUGGAACCUGAGCCUUAUAAAGAAGAACCCUGGACUGAGGAAUCACAGAAUUUGUUACAGCGCAACAGCAUGCAGAUCUCCCCGACUGAAGACAAGAUCCCUGUUGUGGGUUCCACUUCAAGCCCUCAGGCCAGCGGGGAGGGCCUCUACUUCUCUGAUGGCAGACGGAAAGUUGAUUACGUUCUGGUCUUCCAUCAGCGACGGCGCAGCUCCAUUCGAUCUCGCGCCAGCACCUCAGUUUCACACGACAGAUUAUCCAUCGUUUCCAAUGGCAACUUUCCCCCUUCGGCGGUCUCGGAUGCGGCAGCAAGAAGAGGCAGCGUACGGGGAGGGGAUGCUGCCAGUGCCGGCGAGGUGUUUAUGGAACUUGGAGGUGCAGGAGGGAACGAGUUAACGGAGCCAGCUGACCAUGAGAUGCGUUUAAUCAGACAGGAAUUUGAGGCCAACCUGGUGGAGGCCGGCCUGGAGAUAGAGAGAGACAGAGAGUUAAAGACCCACGGCCCCAGCUUCACUCGUCUCCAUGCGCCCUGGCCGGUACUGUGUCGAGAGGCUGAGUUUCUCAAGAUUAAAGUUCCCACUAAGACGAGUUAUGAACUUAAAGAGGAAAGUGGCUUUGGGUCCAGUAUGACUACAAUGUGGAGGAAGAUGAACCAACCUUUCCAGCCUAAAGUACCACACCAGGACCAUGAUCGCACCAAAUUUCUCACACACUGCUUCUCCAGAGACAAACUUCACCUGUACAACAUCACAUCUAAAGACACAUUCUUUGACAAUGCCACAAGGGGCCGAAUAGUAUAUGAGAUCCUGAGACGGACGGUGUGUGUACGGACCUGUCAAACCAUAGGCAUCAGCACAUUGAUAGCUAAAGGCGUGUAUGACGCUGCCUUCCCUCUUCACGACGGUGACUAUAAGGUCAUCGGACACCUUGAGGAGAGGAAUGACAGACAGACUCUGCAUGAGGAGUGGGCCAGAUACUCAGCCUUUUACAAGUACCAGCCCAUUGAUCUCGUCAGGAAGUACUUUGGGGAGAAGAUCGGUCUGUACUUUGCAUGGCUCGGUGUUUACACUCAGCUGCUGAUACCAGCCUCCAUAGUGGGAAUCAUUGUGUUUGGCUACGGGGUGGCGACAGUGGAUACUAACAUACCCAGUCUGGAGAUGUGUGACGAGCGUCUCAAUUUCACCAUGUGUCCUCUGUGUGAUGGAGCCUGUGACUUCUGGCAGCUCAGCACUGCCUGUGGUACCGCCAGGGCUUCACACCUCUUUGACAACCCCGCCACCGUCUUCUUCGCCAUCUUCAUGUCUCUGUGGGCGGUGCUGUUCCUGGAGCACUGGAAGCGCCGUCAGAUCAGUUUGAGCUUCAGUUGGGAUCUGACAGGCAUCGAGGAGGAUGAGGAACAUCCCAGGCCAAAGUACGAAACCAUCCUCCUUCAGAAAAGACAGCGGAAGCAGAAAAAUGAAAAGAAGAAGAAGAAGAAAAAGAAUGAGCUGGACCUGACUGUCAACAACAUCAAUGGAGAGCCAGAGAAGCAGGAGGAUGGGACAGUGACAGGGAAGGACAGAUGGAGGCAAAAACUACUGUCUGCCAUGGCUGCAGGAAUACCGGCUGCCAUAGAGAAGUUGACCUGGAAAGACCGUCUCCCUGGAUACUUCAUCAAUGUUUCCUCUAUCCUCUUUAUGUUUGGCUUGACGUUCUCAGCAGUCUUUGGUGUCAUUAUCUACCGCAUCACAGUGUCAGCCCUGAUGGCGAUGAGUCCUGACCCAGAGACCAAGUCUAAUGUUCGAGUGACAGUGACGGCCACUGCGGUCAUCAUCAACCUGGUGGUCAUUCUGAUCCUUGAUGAAAUCUACGGCGCUGUGGCAUUGUGGCUGACUGAGCUAGAGAUUCCUAAAACAGAAACCAACUUUGAGGAGCGCCUCAUCCUCAAAGCCUUCCUGCUCAAGUUUAUGAACGCAUACGCACCCAUCUUUUACGUGGCUUUCUUCAAGGGACGGUUUGCUGGUCGACCUGGAAAUUACGUGUACGUCUUCAAUGAUUAUCGGAUGGAGGAGUGUGCACCAGGAGGCUGCCUCAUUGAGCUGUGCAUUCAGCUCAGCAUCAUCAUGCUGGGGAAGCAGCUGAUCCAGAACAACAUCUUUGAGAUCGGCAUCCCGAAGUUGAAGAAGCUGGUGCGUGCGAUAAAGGAUAAAGCACCAACGGAGAAGGAGCUGGAGGAGGAGAGGCCUCCACAGCAGUGGAACUUGGACUACGCCCUGGCUCCCUUUGAAGGCCUCACGCCCGAAUACAUGGAGAUGAUAAUCCAGUUUGGUUUCGUCUCUCUGUUCGUGGCUUCAUUCCCACUUGCUCCGCUCUUCGCUCUGCUCAACAACGUCAUCGAGAUCAGACUGGAUGCCAAGAAGUUUGUUACGGAGCUACGCAGGCCUGUCGCCGUACGUGCUAAAGACAUUGGUAUAUGGUACAACAUACUGAGUGGAAUGGGAAAAUUCUCAGUCAUCAUAAAUGCCUUUGUCAUCUCGUUCACAUCAGACUUCAUUCCUCGCCUCGUAUACCAGUACAUGUUCAGUCAGACUGGCACCAUGCACGGCUUCAUCGACCACACACUCUCGUACUUCAACGUGUCCAACUUUAAACCUGGCACGGCACCGCAGAACUCAGACCAUGGAAAUAUCACUGUCUGCCGGUAUAAAGAUUACAGGGAGCCCCCGUGGUCUUCAGAAGCGUACACGUUCUCCAAACAGUACUGGUGUGUCCUGGCUGCAAGACUGGCUUUCGUCAUACUGUUCCAGAAUCUGGUGAUGUUCCUCAGCCUCAUGGUCGCCUGGGGGAUCCCUGACGUUCCCAAAACUGUCGUGGAGCAGUUCAAACGGGAGAAGAAACUUCUGGUCGACGUCUUCUUACAGGAAGAGAAGGAAAAAUUCCAGCUCAUCCAGAGCCUCUUCUCCAAGGACACCACCCUCCAGCCGGACAGCCAAACGCUCCACCCGGGCCAAGGCUUGACAAUCCCGAGCCGCUUCAGUACCCUGCCCCCGGGUCUGAUGCAUGGCUUGCAGGGCUUAGCCGGAGAAGGAGGAGGGCCGAGGGCCAGGUGUAGGGCCGCCAGCUUCAGCUUGUUCACCCCGACACCCAGAAAUGAAAAUGAGAAUUCAAGACACACAGCGGUGUGAUAUGUAACACACACAUCUGUAGGGGCUCUUCAGCUAGGCCUCAGGACUGGAGAACAUGUUACUCGGGUGAUUCGGUUUGUGAAUGUCUUUACCUGUGUCUUUUGUGCCCUGAUGUGUCUGACACUAGUGCUGUGUUUUUUUUUUUUUUUUUUUUUUUAAAGUUACAGCAUCAUUUUGAACAAAUUUGAGUUAUGUCCACACUGGUUGAAUGGGUGUCUAUGUGUUGUUCCUAAUUGCACCGACUGUUCACCUGAUAAAGUGUUAUCAUUUUUACUUUUUGGUAAAAAUAAAUAAUUUAGCGAGGCACACUUGCUUCAUAGCGUAGUCAAGCAAUAAUUACAGUAUUAGGCUGAACAACUGAAUAUUACAAGAACUUGGAAGAGACUGGAGAUAAAGACAGACUCUUAACAAAUGGACAGAUUCAGUGAUGAACACUUAAUCAACAGAUUGAUGGACACAGGCUCAUUACUAGGGCUGGGGACUGUGAGAAUUUCCUGCUUUACGUGCUUAUGCUCUUUAUGUAUUUUUGUUUUUAACAGAAUUUGUAGCAGCUACGACAUUUCACAUUUCCUGUACUUUUCAAUACAUGGUACUGAAAACACACAUGAGCCUUCCAGAGGAGCAAAUCAUUUUCUUUACUGUUUUCCAGCUGAUUUUUCUCCGUAGAUUUCAGGAACCACAUCAGAUCAUUUUCAAACUUUACUAAAAUUGUAAUGUUAGUCAGUACACAGCCGCUGGUCAUUGUUUCUCUGCUCAACGUAUUUGAUGAUCAGAUGCACAUGCCAAUGUGGCACUGUGUUGCAUGCCACUUAUAGAUCAUAGACAGUCCAAGCUCUAGUUUUAGAAAUAGAUUAUCUGUGAAGCAAAUGUUUUUCCUGUUAGCAUAUGGACUUCACAGCUGUCAACUGAGAACAGGAUGAUUUAAUAAUCUAAAUGAAAACAGAGAGCCAGCUCUUUUGCAAACUGUGAAUGACAGUGAACUAGAAGUUAUCUCACUUACAAAUACUUCCCUUGACAAUCUGUCCUUCAUUAUGAAAUACCAGACUGUAUAUUUCCUGCAGGUAAGUAAUAAAUCUGGGGUACUACCACACAUACAGAGGAGCUGUGUCAUGCAUCAGAGAACUUGUGCAACCUCUGGCAGCCAUGUUUGAAGUCUUCAGCUCUUGAGAAACACAGACUGUCAACUGCAUUCAACAUACCAUCUGUUUCUUCAACCAGUCACUUCAUCACUGAUAGAUAUGAUUGAUUUUAUGUUUAGAUAUUAGAUUGUUAGCUAACAUAGGCCUACUAUCUGGUCUAACUAUUGCUGUAUAGUUGUUAAAAAACCUAUUAGCAUUCUAAUUAAAUUCAUUUUUUGCAUGUUAAAGUUAAACUGAAAUUUGAAUUAGCACUUUUUGUACAAGGAAAUACAGGCUAUAAUGAUACUGCAGCGGUGUGUAUAAUUUCAAUUUUUCCAAGAAAAGGAUAAAAUCUGUCAUUGACGUAUAAAUGGAACCUGUCUUUUGGCAGCAGUUGAUUGAUAUUCGAGGGCCGAUGUUGCUAGGGGACAUGUCAACUUCCUUGGCCCACUACCCAUUGAAAUACAUCACAGAAUGAGGAUUUAUUUACAUUAAUACAUAGACGAUUUCCCCAACCAGCCCACAUGUUAAUUAGCUACUGUGAGUAAUUUACGACCUCUGUCCCUUUAUAUUAAAUACUUUGGAAAACCCAUUGUACUGUGUAAAUGUAUCUUUCAUUCAGAAGUGGAAGCUAGCAAGAUAAACUGACUAGCUUUUUACUCUGUAAGUGGAAGCUAAUUAGCCUAGCUUGCUGACAUUAGCACUGACCCCCUCUCGACGCUUUUGUCAUCCACAGCUCCUGCAAGGUCCAUGUUCGUCUUGCAUUAUAGAAAGAAGAGGGUCUUGCUAGCGUUACUUGUCUGUCUUUUAUGGGUACAAAUUAGGUUAUGGUAAAUGACCAGACUGUCGAAACUCACAGCAACAGGUAGUCUGUAAACCCUAACUUGUAAUCACGCAGUAAUGUGUAUGCAGUUCUCAAAUCACUCAAUCACUCAAAUUACAAAUAGCUAAUAACAUCAACCCUUCAGUGUAACUGCCUAUAUCUGCUGGAAUUUAAGUACUAGGCUAUUAGGGAGCAUUGUUAGUGCCUACCCUAGAUAUUGGAGUGCUCAGCUUACCAGAAAUGACAUAAGAAAUGAAUGGCCCCUGAAGAAAACUGAAGCGCCAUCACGUCAGAAAAAAAUGAAUGAAAAUUAAAUUUCUUCUUUUUGGAAAUUCCAAUUGAAACCAAAUAAGUAGCCUACAUAGGUCAAAACAAACACCAAUAGCAUUUAGCCCACAGUAGUAUUAGUUGUACAGUACAGUAUGCCGAUUACUUAGCAAAAAUGAAUUUAAUUCCAGUUCAACUUUAACCAUGGAUGUGUCAAGAGACCUGGUUAUGGUGUAGCAGUGUUAAUUCUGCUGCCAGUUGUAUCUUGGUAUCCAAGACACAUUGGCAGUCUUGUUGGCCAGCAAGACUUUUGGGGGUACACACCGGGUUUGGCAACUGUCUUUGGAAUGAAGAGGCACUCUGUUGGCACACCAUAUUCAGCUCUCGUUAUGCUAAGAUGCCGACAUGCUGUAAACCUUCAGAACUAUUUCAGAGGCCUUGUAACUGCUCUUGUAUUUUCAGUACAACACAAAACACAACAUCUGUCUGCUCAGUUAGGAUUCAGUGACAUAUUGUUAACUUAAAAUGUAUUCACAUGGGAAUCGUGAUAGUGGUGUUAUGCUGGUUUUUGUCAUUCAGGAAGACAAAUGUUUAUCCUUCCCUGAUCCCCUCCUUACUUAAACUGGUGUAGAAGUUCUUUAAUACAUGAUUGUUAGAUGGAUUAUGAAAUAAUUUUUACAUGUUGUGUGAUCUGUUUUGCUUUUAUCUCAUUGGUCUGUUCUUUUUUAUUUUGUAUUUUGGCCUUUUUUGACCAGAUUACCCGGUCAAAUGACAAGUCCUCAGAAAAUAAUAAACAUACAAGGCUGACGCAGGUUUCUGUGCUUACUAGAAUGUGGUAUCGCAACUAGUUUGAUAGCAUAGCAAUAUAUUCAGACAAUCCUACAUGUAUGGAUAUAGAAAUACUUUUCUGGAUGCAUAUCAUAUUGAUAAUUGUCAUUAUCAUAGGUACCUGUUAACUCUUGUUGGCUUAUCUACUCGUAGAACCCCUUUAUCUUUUGGCACCGGGUGAGGUGAAUCCAUCUCAGCUUUCCUACUGGUUGUCCCAAUGCAGAAAAUACAAAAGCAAGAGGACUGCCCAUUUUUCUGUCAAUCAUGCUAACUCAAUUGUAAAAAUUCACUCUGUUUAAGCUGGGAAACACUAUAAUAAAAUUUAAAGUCCCUUUAUGACCAAGAAAACCCUGACACUUACCUUGUAAGAUGGUGGAGACCAAAACAGGUAUAAAAGAAGAAAAUAGUCCAUUGUCCAGAAACACAACUCCUCUCAAUUUCUUUAUAAAACUUGGCAUAGCUGGUAUAUUUUAGGGCUGUGUUUUUGAGGGUGUCAGAGAGUAUUUAUCCCACCUAGUGAUGACAAAAUGUUUCAUUUUCUGAUUA